AGAGGAUUCGCAUUAGACGGGCAUAACACCAGCAGUCCUCGUCUUACCUAGAUCCGUAUUCGGGAACUUACAUCAUGAGAUCUUUGAUCACAAUCUUGUUCUUGGCCUUUGCGGCUGACGUAGCUUCAGGAAUACUACCACUCGGCCUAGGACUCAACGGAGGAUUCGGGAGAUAUGGCGGUACUGGUGGCCUCUUGAGCGCUGGAAACUACGCCAACGGAUUCAGCCACUCCAAUGGCUACAGCCACGGAAACCACAUUGGGGGAGGAUUUGGAGGACUGGGUGGUCUGCAACAUAACAACAUCAACACGCACUUCCUCGGGAAGCGAAGUGCUGAUCCGGAGCCAAGAGCCCUCGUUGGCCUCGGACUUGGCUUGAACAGCGGUCUAGGUGGUGGAUACGGUGGCUACGGAGGUCUCCUGAGCGCUGGGAACUACGCCAAUGGAUACAGCCACUCCAACGGGUACAGUCAUGGAAACCACAUCCUCAAAGGCUUCGGAGGAGCCGGAGGCCUGAAGCAUGGCCAUCUGAACAAUCACUUCCUCGGAAAGCGAAGUGCUGUUUGAUCUGGAGUCUGGAUCCGAAUGAGGAACCCCAGUAGUCACUGAAAUGCUUUAUUAAUGGAUAUUUAUGGUGGAGAAUGAGACAGGAGUCUGAGUCCGGAUAGUACUUAGAAUAUUUCAGCUUACUUGACAUCAUGUACAAUUUAUAAGGUUAAGAAUAUAUUUUUUUGCAACAAAUUA